GAUGGCUGCACAUUCGGGAGGCGUAGAUUGGGCUGCAAUUUUAAAACCCCUUUUGGCUAGUUCAUCGGAAAAUGUGAGCAAAAAUGACGUUCUAAAUCUAGUGAAAACCAUCAUUCAAAGCGAAAAUGAAAUCCUCGAUCAUGACCCUACCCACAAGCGAUUUUUCGACAGCUUUGUCGUGUUGGCAGCGGAAUAUCUCACCAAUCAGGUCACGUCCCUAUCCCAGACACAACUUCCCCAAUUCUGCGAAGCGGGCACAGUUCUCAUACGGUACAUCCUACAACACUUGGAUGGACAGGCUUCGCACAAACCAAGCAUCCUGCUCAUGGCUCUGCAUGUGCUCUGUGAAGGGCGCAAAGAUUCGGAACAAACACCUACCGGAACUUCGUCUAUCAUUUCGUCGUCCGGUUUGAAGUUCCUCAAGUAUCCGGAGAUACACAGCAAGUCACUUCCCGUCGGCGGUGGUGGAGCAUCGUCUGCCGUUGGGGCCAAUUCCUCCGGUAGUGGCUCUGAAAAGGACAGUCCGAAAAGCGAGAUGAAACGUUCCCGGUCCGAUUUGUCCACGGUGAUUUUGCAACAACUAACGACGCCGCUCGGAACUGGUGUCUUCACAUUUGCCGCGCUUAGUGAAGAACAAAUCGACUGCACGGAAUUAUUUGUGAAGGCCAACAUCCAGUGUUUGCAAGCAACCAACGGCGGAGACAAGAUUCUCCAGUGGUGUGCAAAUUCACUGACAACGUUGGCCAAGUACCGUGCAAAGUACGAAGAAUGCACCGUUCAGGGAAAACCCUUAUAUCUACCCAUCACAACAUCGGAAUCCAGCGCUCUCAAAAACAAUUUGGCUCAAAUUGAAGCGGAUAUUUCCAACUUACUGCUAGCGGUCUCACUGCCGAUCGUCGAUCCUUUGAGCCCGUCUAAAAUUCAAUUGCUGUCACAGAGUGCAAUGUCUGCGCUGUAUUGUGCGGUUCUAACAUCAACGGCAAACAGUGUUUUGGCAAUGGCUGCUAGUGGUUCUCAAAAGAACGCUUCCGCUACCCAGCUGCAACCGAAGGAACAGCAAAGUUCUGAUGCUCAGAUUCAAAAAGAAACUGAUGAUGAGGAGGAUUUCGCUCGGAUUAUCGUGGACCGGGCUCUGGAAAUUUACGGAAAAAUAGGAAGCAUUUUGAAGGGAUCUACACGAGCCCAUAUCUAUCAGAAUCAUGUAUGCAUUGGCGCUUGGUUGUUGAUUUCCGGCAUCCAAGGAACAAUGGGUGCCUCAGGAAAUCCCAGUGGCGCUAGUGUUCAACAAACGGCAACCGUCAAAACAUCGGAAGAAAGCUUGAAAGGAAGAAGUCCUUUGAAAACUUUGGAUGUUCCGCAGUUGGCGUCGACUACCCCAACACCAGCAUUAAGAGUGAACCUUUUCAAGUUGCAACAAGGGUUUGGCGUAUUGAGCGCUGCUAUUGCUCGCCAUAGUAUCACACUGCUGACGGAACUUAUCGACGAUCUCAAAAUUGAUUCCCGCACCGAUGAUGAAGAAUACAGCAGCAUUGAAUCGGCUGGAUUCGACAUCUUGGGUCAAUAUUCAUCGAUACAACGAGUUGUCCGAGUUCUAAACAGCGCAACACUACAGCAAUUGAUGACCUUCUUGGCAACAGUGAGCUACCGGAAGGCAUGUACUUUGCGUCGGAUUAAUACGAAAACCACCAACGAAGGCGAACCGAUGAGUUACAGUGACUCUACGACUUACUACAAUGACACCUUUUCCUGCUCGGAAGGCAGCGAACCAGAAGAAGAAGACAGCGAUAGCUAUUUGGGUCUAUGGUUCAAAGAAACUUUGUCUCCCGAGGCUAACGAGGAAAUGACUGAAUCACAAGAACAAGAUAAAAAAGAUGAAAAACGUCAUGGUGGUAAUCUAGUAUCUGCCAAAGACGAGCCCCACGAGUAUCUUAAUCUGAGUUCUCUGAUAUUCAAUUUCUUCGACGCUUCUCUGGGAGGACAACACAUCUACUUGAAUCGAUAUGCUAAGACUGGCCUCACCGAACAACAAAUGGUCCUUUUGGCAAAUAUCUUGCGUGAUCUAGAUCGGGACUCGGCACGUGGCGAUCCUGAAAACUCGGGCUGUUUACAAUGGCAGAACGCAAUGGUCAAGUUUUCCGGCUCCGUUGGACGUUACUUACAUAAUUUGAUAUCGAACUCUUUGCUUAACGAAUCACUACAAUCUGCGCUUUUGCUACACUUGGGCGUGUCACCGUGGACCCAAGAUUCCAACAUUUGGCCGUUGCAAGUCUAUUCCAGAACUUUGGCUGUACUGGUUCAAAUUCUCCUGCUAAAACCAUCCCAAGAAAAAGAGGCUGCAUGUCUGUCGGUUUGGCAUCGUCUCGUCAACACUCUCGUCGAGGGUGUAUGCUCAAACCAACCCAUUCCAAGCGAAUCGGAAAUAGAAGAUCUUAAUGUGGAACACGCUCAACUGCUGCUUUUCCUGUUUCAUUCGCUUAAUUUAAUGCAGAAAAAGUCGAUACUGCUCCUGACUGCUGGUGGCGUUAUUCGCUGUUCCGAGGUGUGCCGAUCCGUUACUCCGGAAAAACCUCUGCGAGACCAUCAGAUAAUGCUCUUAUCGCGAUUGCUAUUGUUCUUGGAGUAUUUGAUGAAACAUCUUUAUAACCCUCCAAACGUCCUGCUAGAACAAGUCCGCUGGAAUUUAUUCAGUGUUUUCACAUUGGAUUCCGAACAGAAAAUAAGUGACCUACUGAAUUACAAGACCAAGAUGAUGUCGUUUUGUCGCAAAGAUAUUGAAGAUAAACAUCGUAAAUUGGCUAACGAAUUUAGCAUCGGUGGUGUAAAGCCAAAAUUCUAUUCUCUGACCACUGUUGACACCAAGAUUCAGCAGGAGUUCAAACUGGAUGGUCUGGCAUGGAAUUUCAUUCUUUGUACUCCGGAUAAGCUCAAAUACCCGUGGCUGAUUGAUGCUCUCAUCGAUAUUCUCAGCAUUACGGAUAUGUGCUUGGCCAAAAUUCCUUUCCAAACACUGUGUGCUGUUCAUUACUGUUUUAGUCUGUGCUGGAAACUAUUGCUGGGCUUACCGCCAUCCACUCAGCACGUUGAGUCUCUGAUGCAGGAGAAGACACCGAACCUGCAUUCCUUAUUGUGGUCGAUUCGUUGCCUACAUCCAAUUACCCAUUCACACUAUCUUAUUGUCAAUAGUUUGGUUAAACAGGGUAUGUAUACGCAAUCCGCAGAAGCUCUAUGGAAUCGUCUUACAGACCACGUUUCUGAUGUGAAAUAUAGCUUGAAAUUGACUAUGCUUGGAUUAGAAUCGUUUGCCUCGAACUUUCAACCAGAUCAACCACGGCUUUCCAAAAUCAUACUGUUGGAUAGUUUAGUGUCCCAUUUGUAUGCCAUCUGUUGGGCCGAAAAAGAAGGCGUAAACAUUAAAACCAAAUCCAACAACAACAGUAGCAGUUCAUCAAGUAGCAGUACCAGCAGCAAUAGUAGCACCAGUAGCAAUAGUUCCAGCAGUAGCACAAACUCGAACUGUUCAACCGGCGGAAAUGAAGCCAACGCUGGUACAAUUGGUCAGGGUGUGAUAAGUACUCAAGAUAUUUCCACUUCUACAGGAUCCGCAUUGGAUGCGAUAAAAUCGUCAUCUCGCAAUGAAUUAACUAAAAAUUUGAUGGCUAAAUUGAUGGAAGUGUUAGGAAUAGUUAAAGAAACAACCUACAAAACCAUGUUGAAUAACUUGAGUGGCCAAAUUCCACCGACACUGAUUGAACCCUUGAUUGGGAUCUGUGGAUCAAAAAAUACAAUUUGCCAAGAACUGUCAACGCAAUUGCUCGGACUAAUCGUUGGUCAAGACAAAGAUGUUAUCUCGGUUGAAUGGCGUAAAAAUCUGUCUAUUCUGGAGGACAAUUUUACCAGCGGUUCAUUCCCUGUUGAAGUUCAUACGCUAACAGUUAUUGAGGGACAUCUCACCGAGACUUCCAAGCAUCUGAGCUACUCAAUUUUACUAUCAUUGAAACACGCACUGAAGUCGUGCAUUAACUUGAUCUACUACAUGCUACCAAACUACGACGACAAGCAGUUGGAUGAAGACCUUAAGGAAAUCCUCAUCCCGAUGAUCUUUGAUCUGCGGGCAGAGUAUUUAUACGAUGUUGUAAACAAGUGCUUAGAGUCGCUUCUUGGGGGUGACAGUAAUUCUGAAACCUAUCAACUAUUGGCGUACUCCAACAUUCUACGACACAGUUAUCGCUUUUUGAUUGAGUAUACCGAGCUGUCGGCUCAUGGCCAAACAAUAAACGUCGAAGAAACCGUGCUUCAUAAUAUUAUCAAGUUCUGGGAAAAUAUGCUCGACAAGACUAUUGGGUUGAAAGCUAUGCGAGAAUUUUUCUACGAGAGUAAAAAAGGAAACUUGGUGCAGAUUCUGCUAUCUUUCACCGGAACCAACCUAUCCCAAAAAUACUCAACCAAAGUGUUGCAGUUUUUCGAAAAAUUGUUGUCCGCAUCCGAAAAGCUUGAUGCACAGUUUGACGUCGAGGAGGUGUGCUUCUGCAUUGGCGAAUUGGCAAACGCUGACUCUGGAAAACUUAAGAACUGGCUCAGUCAUAUACUGCUUGGUCCCCGGGGCGCUAGUUUGACAACGGGUGGUGGAUCCAAUGCAUCAAGCAAUGUUCCUACACCGACAAAUAUGGCUACGGUUUCAGCGAUACCAAGCAUUACAGAUCAGCUGGCCGUAUCAGCGACAUCAGACAACAACACCGGAAACAACGCAUCCGUUGGAGCUGAUCCUGACGCCAUGGAUAUAGAUUAUGAAUGUAUGGCGGCGAUGCCAUGGUAUCGAGAAAACAGUCGCACCGGAAAUGAAGCUGUUGAUGAAGCUUUGGAGAAAAAUGGAAAACUACUCCAAUCAUUGGUGAAAUAUAUCGUAUCAGAGAAUUGUAUUGCGCCGUCUAUUUCGGAGGCAUUGUUUCAAGCCUUGAUUCAGAUCGGUCAUAAUCUGUUAUGUCCAGCCCAGGAAGCCAUUGAAUUUGCAGAUCUUUUGCAGGUCAUGAUAACUCUGGCUGAUGCUGGAAAGGGCCGUGGCCAUGCUUUGUUGUUCAGUGCCGCCGUAGAUUGGUUGGAAAUAUCCAAAAAUCAAGUUGUUGAAGGAAGAGCUGGAAAGAGUGGAGCCAAAGCAGCAGUUCAAUUGGAAAAUGUUACAGCUAUUUUGAAAUACAUGAGUGAUCUGCUACUUGGCCUGGGAGCUUCAGGCAGUCGCUCAAUGAAUCCACCAUGGGACGAGGAAUCGCCGCUGGAUGCUGAAGAUAUUCUGGAUGACUUGGGUGGUGAUGAUGAAGACAGCGCUGUUGAAGAUUCUGAUGAAGAUAGUCUUAGCAACAAGCUGUGUACCUUCUCGAUAACUCAAAAGGAUUUUAUGAAUCAACACUGGUAUUAUUGUCAUACAUGUAAAAUGGUGGAUGGAGUUGGCGUUUGUUCAGUUUGUGCCCGAGUUUGUCACAAAAAUCACGACAUCAGCUACGCUAAAUAUGGCAACUUUUUCUGCGAUUGUGGAGCUAAAGAAGAUGGAUCAUGUCAAGCGUUAUCAAGAAGAAGUAAUUCCGGAGAAGAUUCUAUCUUGGGAAAUUCUUUGCCAAGAUCUGCUGAAUCAGAAUCUGUUAUGUUAACAAGCUCAUUACGUCGUCGUGCAUCCAGUCCAACAAGUCAACUCAAUCAAGGAACAGGUCAAAUGUCGGAGAAAGAACAACUGCUGGCUAAAAUAAUCGAAAGCUCUAAAGAUUGUUUGAGCAAUCCGGAUCAGUGGAAGACAGUUAUUCGCUGCAUUUUGAACUUUUUUAACUCGUUUAUGCCAGCUAUCAAAGAUCAUUGUGCUAAAUAUUCCACUGUUGGUUGUCACUUACGUGCACGGAGUGCAUUGGAACGACUUCAUCAACCAGAAAAAUCAUACUCGUUUAGCGAACAGAUCAUGGUUGCAACACUUGGAUCACAGGAAGGAGCAUUUGAAAAUGUACGAAUGAACUUCUCUGGAGAACAGGGACAAACAAUCAAACAACUGUUAUCUUCGAAUUUGGUGAGGCGAGUAGCACUCUGCUGUUUAGCUUCUCCACACGGAAAACGUCAACAGUUGGCUGUUUCACAUGAGAAAGGAAAAGUCACCAUUUUACAACUAUCUGCCCUGCUGAAGCAAGCGGAUGCUGCAAAGAAGAAACUGACUCUUACAAGAUUGGCUUCAGCUCCAAUUCCUUGUACUGUAUUGUCCUUGGCUUCUAAUCCUGCAAACGAAGAUUUCCUUGCCGUCUGUGGCCUCAAAGAAUGCCAUGUCCUAACGUUUACCAGUACAGGUGCGACUAACGAACACAUCGUCCUUACGCCACAACUUGAAACUGGUAACUUUAUCAAACGUGCGAUUUGGCUGCCCUGUUCGCAAACAAAACUUGCCUUAGUAACUGCGGAUUUCGUUAAGAUCUACGACUUGGCAGAGGACAGUUACAGUCCACAAUACUUUUUCCUGGUACCCAGCGGCAAAAUCCGAGAUUGCUCAUUCGUCUAUCAGGACGAUACCUAUUACAUGCUGAUCAUGUCUUCACACGGUUAUAUUUACAGUCAACCACUAAGUGACGAAAGUCUUGCAAAGCACGGCCCCUUCUACGUUACAAGCACCCUUGAAUUAGACCAUCCAUCAAUAACCGACGACAAUGGGCAAAUUCUAGGAGGCGGAGUGUCAAUCUACUAUUCACAUGUAUUGCAAAUGCUAUUUUUCAGUUAUGUUGCUGGACGUAAUUUUAUGGCUCCGUUAUCUAAUGUCAAUCAAGGAGUUAAAUGUGUUAUCAACCUUAUCUCGAAUCCUGCUUCCAAGGUGUUUUCGAAAUCAACGACACAACCGCUUUGUCAAUGGACCGAAAUUCCCGGUCAUCCAGGUUUGAUCUGCGCGAUGAUGCAAAAUCUUAAUAAUCCUGUUAUCUUUAUGAUCAAGCCUGAUGGUUAUGCGGCUCAAGAAAUCAAAGCCCAAAAUGCCAAGGCGAAAAUAAUGGACAUGGUUGCAAUCCGCCACUCCGUGUCUGGCGUGGAAAAGACAACUUUAAUACUGCUUUGCGAAGAUGGCAGCCUUCGUAUUUAUGCCGCUCAUCCAGAAAACACAGGCUACUGGUUAUCGCCAGAGAUUCAACCCAUUGGUAAUUUAUUCCAAUCGGGUGUUUAUUCCAAAUCACGCAAAUCUAAAAAGGCGAACAAGCAGAGUACCAGCCAGCCAAGUAGUAAGAACGGGGCCAAUUCAGCACCUACCUUCGCGAUCGACUUUUUCGAACAUUGCACUCUGAUGAACGACGUCGAAUACGGUGGCAACGAUCUGCUGCAGAUUUACAACACCCAACAUUUGAAACAUAGACUUAAUUCCACCGGAUUGUAUGUAACUUCAACCCGUGCUAACGGAUUUACCCUGGAUGUCAUCAAUAACGAACCGAAUAUGGUCAUCACUGGAGUGCGUAUUUCGAUCGGUUCCCAGGACGUUAGCAAGGCGCCUCAAAACAUCACUAUUCUAGGUCGAGUUAUUCCGACUGUCGCAACCCGUGCACGGUGGUUUGAUGUGCCGUUGACUCGUGAGGAAAGUUUGCAGAGUGAUAAAAAAUUGAGCAUUCUGUUCGGACCUUCACAAGACCCUGAGAACAUUACCAUUUUGGAUAGUAUCAAAAUUUACGGAAAAACAAAGGAUGUAUUCGGUUGGCCAGAAGAAUCUGAAGAAGCUGGAUCAUCAUCGAUCAAUUCUGCAACCCAAACACCAGGUCAGAUGACGGGCUCAAUGAACAACGGAGAAAACGGAGACGGAUCGGGAAGUCCAGGGUCCAUGUUGACUCCGCUUGAUAAAAUGGUUUCAACGAUGCUGCAAGUGUUGGAUAGUGGUAUAUCCUUGCUUGGAGGACCAAAUAGCGAAGAGAAUUGUAAGCAAACUGCUAUUGAUGUUGCCACAUCGCUAAUUUUAUAUCCGACGACGAAUCUUGUACAACAAGAUGCGCGAAAUGUGCUGAUUACAUGUCACUCAAAUAAGACUUCUUACCAUUCUUACAAAGAUAAGGAAAUAUUGUCCGAUAUCAAUGCCCAGUUGAAGAGGAUGUCAGAAACUAGAGAUUACAGAAACAUUGAUCCAGAAGCUUUCUACCGUGUAGUGUUGAUGACCCGUGGAAUUGCCAUUCAAAGACCUCAAGCAUUAACCAAAAUUUGCUCAGAAAACCAAUUCCCAAUUCUACAACAAUUAAUGGAUCUUACAAAGGAGUUAUUCAAGAUCACACCUGCCUUCGAGGAACCGUUGGCUAUCGUCAAGCAGGGUUUAUCACACGUGGAAGCCGUUGUUUAUUCCUUGAUUGAAAUAAUUUACGCUUUUGCUCUGUCCGACAGUGAAAUGAUUGAACCGAUGACAAAAUUCUUCGUAGAAUUGUUAUUGGAUUCAGCACCAAUUAUUAGCCACAGCGCGAAACAAGCUAUGGUGAGAUUACUACGUCCCAAAAUUCGUCGUCGUAAGGUGCUGAUUGAAAGCCCGCCAGUGUGCUCUACACCAACUCCAUCAACGGUUGCAUCGAUAGUUGCUGGUCCUUCGGGAUCCACAAGUGUAGCUCCAUCGGCAUCUUCAUCGGUUGGAGCAGUUGGUAGUUCGAUAGCUUCCGGUGGUUCUAUGGCUGUUGGUGGCGUUGCAUCUAAUGAUGAUUUUGCCAGUGCAAUGCAGGAAGUUGAUGCUAUCGAAUCAUUGGGAUUGGAACCGUCUGGAAGUGGAAAUCAAGCGCUGGCUUCACUAGAAGCUCUACUUGGUGUUGGAUUCCCACAUCUGUUGGAAACCCCAGACGCAGACGAUGAGACAAUCAUGGAGAUUGCCAUCGCAUUAAGUCUGCAGGACAAUGAAACAGAUCUUGCUGCCUUACAGCAGAGCAUUGCUCAGUAUCAAGGACGGAAUCGCAAUCAAGCUCAAGGACUGCCAGCUGCAAUUGCCGGAGGUUCGUCUUUCAACGUUGAAUCCAAUGCUUCUGGCGGGGGUUCAGACGAUGAUGAAAUUUCCAAUGUAGCAACUGAAGGAUCGACUUUGAGGACCUCCCCCGCUGGUGAGCAUGCUGGUAGUGGAAGUGGUGGAUCAGAAAGUGGAUGCAGUGGUGUUGAAAGCAUUGGUGGUACUUCUGGUAGAAGCUCGACUUACGAUGAACAACCAAAUCCAUCUCCACCGAGAACUUCUGGCGUCGAUCACAUUGCACCACAACCCGUGGCUCCGCCGGAAACUGAAGAUAAUGGCGGAGAAAAUGCUUGCAAACUUCAUAUUCUCCGUUAUUCAAUUUUGAACAAAUUAGUGGAAAACUUCGCAACACUGGAUAAUGUAACCGGUGCUCAGUGUAUACCGUUCAUGCAAGUUAUUCUAAUGUUGACAUCUGAUUUAGACGGCAGUCAGGAAGCCGAUCAACAAGUAAUGAAUCGUUUAUUACAAGCUUUGAUCGAUAGAUUAGAGAUUCCAAGCACCAAGAUCUAUCAAAUGUCGAAUCGCUCAUCGAAAACCGAAGUUCAGUUGAUAGUGCUGCGAUUGGUUGGUGUAUUGAUGGGCAAAGUAAAAUCCAAAUCUUCAUCGUCUUCUGGAUCCACAGGAGCAGGACCGUCAUCUUCUGCAGUUAGCCAAGCAGUACUGGACAACGCAACAUUUGUUGCUCAAGCUACUGCAAAUGCUUUGAUGAAAAACAACGCUAUUCCGUACUGCUUGAUGAUAAUGGAAUCUUUUCUGCCGCACUGGAAAAACGUUGCCAACACCGAAGAGACGCUAUCGGCAACUACUACGACCAACACAGUUACGGGCCCUGUUAUUACCACACCUGGUGGAACUCCAACCAAUAAUCUUUUGAAGCCAACUCUAUAUGGACUGUCACCUGAUUUGCAACCGUUCUUUGCGCGUCAAUACGUGAAAGGUUGUACUGAUGUGUUUGAGCUGUAUCCGCAAGUGCUAACCGAAAUGGCCGUCCGUUUACCGUAUCAAGUUCUUAAAUUAUCCUCGGGUCAUCCAUCAUCCCACGAUUGGUAUCAUUCCCUUUGCGAGUAUAUGACCAACACCUUAUGCGAAUAUAUGAUGUACAUGCAGUCGCAAGUUCUACGUCGGCAAGUUCGAAAACUUUUGCUGUACAUUUGUGGAAAUAAGGAAAAGUAUCGACAACUACGCGAUUUGCAUUCUUUAGACACCCACAUGAAAGCGGUCAAAAAAUGCUAUGAAGGUGGAAGUGCUCCUCAAAUGUCCGCAAUAGCUUCCAGUGGCACCACGAAUUCAUUACUCAGUUACGAUGCAUUGGUUGAGCUCACCGAACACUUCCGAGCAUGUCAAGAAAUAGCUUCGAUCCGUACCGGUAAUUGGCAACGUUUCUGCGUGCGAAAUCCAGACAUUCUUCCAUCGCUUUUGAACAUAAGCUGCUGUCAUUUGGAGGAGGGCGUUUCGUCCAUUAUACUUCAACUUCUACAGUCCGCAAUUUGCAACACCCAAGGAAUCAAACAACAGGUAGAUCAUGCUGCUGCUGCUGCUUCGAGCAUAAAGAUUUCUGUUAUGAAAGAUCGCAAAGACCGGGACAAGUCCGAGGAAUCUGAUACGGCGGCUGAAUCUAAAUUUGAUGCCGCUCAGUGUAUUGCUCUUGUAUUGCAAAUCUUCACUCAGGUUCCAUUUCACAAUCUGACCAAAUUCAUUCGAAGUUUCCUUCUAGAAACAAACUCCACUGCAAUUCGUUGGCAAGCACAUAGUUUGGUCUACGCUUUCUACGAGAACAGCAACGAAGCUAAUAAAGAGUUGUUACUUCAAUGUCUUUGGGGUCUAUGGCCAUUGCUGCCGGCCUACGGUAAAAGAACUGCCCAAUUCGUUGAUCUUUUGGGUUUCCUCACUCUCAAUACCAAAUCAUUGAGUGACAAACUUCCAGAUUACACCGCCCAAGCUGUAUCAGUUCUUCGACAACAAAACGAAUUGCUUCACAAACACCCGAACGCUCCAAUCUACACAUCUCUGGGUCACGUAUUGGAAUUGGAAGGUUUUUAUCUCGAGUCAGAACCCUGCCUUGUUUGUAACAAUCCCGAAGUUCCAUAUUCCAACAUCAAACUGUCAACGGUGAAGGUCGAUUCCAAAUUCACCACAACAACUACAAUUGUCAAGUUAGUCCAGAGUCACACAAUUUCGAAGAUCAUCCUUCGCAUAGCGGAUCUGAAACGUACAAAAAUGGUACGAACCAUUAAUAUUUACUACAACAACCGAACGGUCCAAGCUGUGGUUGAACUCAAGAAUCGUCCCGCGAUGUGGCAUAAAGCACGUAAAGUUACCCUGCAGUCGGGUCAAACAGAUAUCAAAAUUGAUUUUUCACUACCGAUAACUGCUUGCAAUUUGAUGAUAGAGUAUGCUGACUUCUACGAAACAGUGAGCGGUUCCAGCGAAAAUCUGCAGUGUCCCCGAUGCAGUGCUGUGGUGGCAGCCAAUCCAGGUGUAUGCGGAAACUGUGGAGAAAAUGUUUUCCAGUGCCACAAAUGUCGGGCCAUUAAUUACGACGAAAAGGAUCCGUUCCUAUGUCACUCUUGCGGUUUCUGCAAAUAUGCUAAAUUUGACUACAGUAUCUUUGGCCGUGCUUGUUGUGCUGUGGAUCCUAUUGAAUCGGCAGAAGAUCGCACAAAAACAGUUCAAACCAUACACGCUUCUUUAGAGAAAGCUGAUCGGUCAUACAAGACGUUACAAAAUAAUAAGCAAAUUCUGGAAUUAUUGGUGCAGAAGGUCGCCGAACACAAACUUGAUCGUACAUUAGAUGAAACCUUGAUUGGCGCAGUCGUCGGUUCAUCACAGGUUAACAAGGUCAUUCAACUAUUGGCACAAAAAUAUUGCGUGGAAUCCAAAUCGACCUUUGAGGAGUUGAGCAAAAUAAUACAAAAAGUUCAAGCUUGCAGAAAGGAACUGGUAGCCUAUGAUCGCAGUCAAAUGGAUUCUCCUGGAUGUUCAUCUAUUUCUUUAGGAGGUGCGCUACCGGAUAAUCUGGUGAUUCCCAUGAACAAAUGCUACGGAUGUGCCCUAGCUUCUACCGAGCAAUGCUUGACGCUUUUGCGGGCUAUGGCAUCAAAUAUGCCCUGCCGGGUAGGAUUAUGCAGCCAAGGAUUGGUGCAAGAGCUAGCAGUUAACAAUCUACGUCGAGGAACAAAUCAAAUACAGGACGAAGUUCGUCAGCUGCUCUGUCUGUUGACCAGAGAUUUACCGGAUGCUACGUUGGAUUUGUGUAAUCUGUUGCAAGACCGCGUUCGAAUGGCUUUGUGUGGAACGGUUCCACUUGCUAAUUUGGACUCAGCGGUUCGUCACGAGAUGGCACUGUUGGAGGCGAUGACAGCCCAAGAUGAUACCUGCUGGGAACUCAAGCUCAAAGCAGUCAUCGAAUUGUUCCUGCAGGCUUCGAGAGAUGCUCGUGGACCGGCUGUUGCCGUCAUACAACCAUGUCUACGAAUAGUACAAUCGUUGAUGAGCCCACCGAUGCCGAUUAGCCGAACUAACAAGGACCUGACCACUCAAGAGCUGUGCACCGUUCAACCAACUGAAGGUCUUACUGUGAGCUAUGAAAAAUGGAUUUCUGGUGAUCCACAGCACUCGUUUGCUUCAUGGAAAGCUCGGAUGCCCCCAAUUACUGGUACUGCAACACCAAGAGCCGAGGAUAGUGCCAUUCAGUUGGCAGUAGCUGAAGCUGCUUCCAGUGUAGGACAAUUAUCCUUAAGCACCUUCCGGUCUGCUUUGGAGCAAAAACGAAACCAAUUCAGGAAUGCUUAUCUUAUCGAAAAAUAUGGCAAACGAUGGCGACAAAGAGUAUUAAGUAAGGGUGUAGAUGCAAUCCCGUUAGAGUUGACGGCGGCUUGGCUCCAACCGGUACUCUUCAACACAAACUCGCGACUUGGAAGACAAUUGGCUUGUGCUCUAGUUACUUCUCUUAGUCGAACCCCUGAGAGAAAACGUGAAAUUUUAGACUUGUUAACCAGUUUCCUCAAAUACAUCGGAGAAAGUGGUGAAGCCAGCGGAGAAUUUAUAGCUCUGUAUCGAAUUCUGGCCGAUGAAACACCCUGGCGACAAUAUCUGGCUCUGAAGGGAGUUCUGUCGUUAAUUGCUGAUUUACUAACCAUUGAAAUUGAGAAAAUUCAUCGCCUCGAAGAGACGACGCUUUCAUCAGAUUUGGCGCAGGGAUAUGCCUUGCGACAACUCGUUGAGUUGAUGGCUAUGUUUUUGGAUAACCCCCCGAUCCGUAAGGCCUUCAAGGGCAAGUUGUUGGGAUCUGUACUACAAGGUUAUUUGAACUUGAGAAAAUUGGUAGUGCAACGUACCAGAUUAAUCGAUGAUGCACAGGAGAAGUUACUAGAAAUGUUGGAGGAGAUGACCACGGGAACAGAGGAAGAAACAGCUGCAUUCAUGGCGGUUUGUAUUGACACCGUGCGUAAGAUGCCAACGGCCGACGUCAAGACACCUGUAUUUAUGUUUGAACGAUUGUGUUCAAUAAUUCAUCCAGAAGAGAAUGAUGUUGGUGAAUUUUUCCUUACGUUGGAGAAGGAUCCUCAACAGGAAGACUUCUUGCAAGGUCGCAUGUUGGGCAACCCCUAUCCAUCAAAUGAGGCCGGAUUGGGUCCGUUGAUGCGAGAUGUUAAAAACAAGAUUUGUAUCGAUUGUGAGUUGGUUGCAUUGCUUGAUGACGAUAACGGCAUGGAACUCCUGGUGCAUAACAAAAUUAUAAGCUUGGAUUUACCAGUAAAAGAGGUGUAUAAAAAGGUUUGGCUGCAGGAGGGCGGUGAACGAGAUGCUAUGAGAAUCGUUUAUCGUAUGCGUGGUUUGCUUGGAGAUGCUACAGAAGAAUUUAUAGAAACUCUAAAUGCGAAAAGUCAGGAAGAAGUGGAUAACGAACAACUUUAUCGAAUGGCCAACGUUUUGGCAGAUUGUGGAGGAUUGAAGGUUAUGCUUGACAGAAUUGGAAGUCUCCAAAAUGUGGCGAAGGCACGAACAUUAUUACAAGUAUUGUUGAAACUGUUUUUGCUGAGUGUGAAAGUUCGGAGAUGUCAAGAAGUUUUGUGUCAACCCGAACUAGGGGCUAUUAACACAUUACUGAAAGUUCUUCAGUUAUGUUUGCAAAGUGAAAAUGAUGCCCAGCAAUCGGCCGUUACUGAACAACUGCUAGAAAUAAUGGAAACAAUACUUUCAAAGGCAGCCUCCGAUACUCUUGAUUCGUUCUUGCAAUUUUCAUUAACUUUCGGAGGUCCGGAGUAUGUGCAGGCUCUGCUGUCAUGCACAAACUGUGCAAACGUUAGAAAUAGUCCCUCAGUCCUGCGUCAUUUGAUUCGAGUUCUUGCUGCGCUGGUUUAUGGAAACGAUAUCAAAAUGGCACUCUUGUGUGAGCAUUUCAAAGAGGUAUUUGAUUUCAACAAAUUCGAUGCGGAUCGUUCUGCCGAAGAUGAGUUUAAAAUGGAACUGUUUUGUGUGUUGACUACCGGUAUCGAACAUAAUUCCAUCGGUGGCAUACUCAAAGACUACAUAAUGAGCCUCGGUAUAGUAGACAAAGCUCUAGAAUACAUCAAAGGACACGCGCCUUGCGUAAAACCAACUUUGCUGCGAACAGAUUCCGAUGAAUUGAAAGAGUUUAUAUCCAGAGCUUCAUUGAAAUAUAUUCUCCGAUUUUUGACUGGUUUAGCCACGAAACAUGAAGCAACCCAGUUUGCUGUAGCUAAAGACAUAAUCCCUAUCAUUCAUCGUUUGGAACAAGUCUCCAGUGAUGAACAUGUAGGAUCGUUAGCUGAAAACCUGCUGGAAGCGCUCUGUACCGAACCGUCUACGGCGAAACGUGUACAAGAAGUUCGGGACUUUACUCGGGCAGAGAAGAAACGUCUUGCCAUGGCUACUCGUGAGAAGCAGCUCGAUGCCCUGGGUAUGCGUACCAAUGAAAAAGGUCAAGUUACCGCUAAAGGAGCUAUUUUGUCCCAAAUUGAAAAACUUCGUGAGGAGACUGGUUUGGCGUGCUUCAUUUGUCGAGAAGGUUACGCUUGUCAGCCCAACAAAGUUCUUGGCAUAUACACCUUCACGAAACGUGCGAAUGUUGAGGAAUUUGAAAUCAAGCAAAAGAAAACGGUGGGCUAUACAACGGUAACACAUUUUAAUGUUGUACACAUCGAUUGCCACAUGUCGGCUAUUCGGUUGGCCAGAAGCCGUGACGAAUGGGAAAGUGCUUCCCUGCAAAACGCUAAUACACGUUGUAAUGGAUUGUUGCCUCUGUUUGGUCCCGAUGUUACCGAGUCCUCAUUCUCAUCCUGCAUGGCUCGCCACAAUAAUUAUAUGCAAGAAUCUACUCAGCGCUGUGAGAUAACGUUUAGCAGUUCGAUUCAUGAUCUCAAGCUGCUGCUGAUGCGUUUCGCCCAAGAGAAAAGUUUCCACGAGGACGCCGGAGGUGGAGGUCCUCAAUCUAAUAUGCACCUAGUUCCCUACUUGCUGUUCUACAGUCUUUACACACUACUGUCAUCGCGUUCGUAUUCCCGCGAAGAGAUGACACUGACUGCUUACAUUGGACACAAACCAUCGGAUCGCUGGCUCGAGUGUGCAUACGAAGCAGACGGACCGCUCUACUUGAUAACAAUGUCCCUGGCUUUGCACACCCCAGGCAUUUGGGAUCGCAACAAGUUGGCUCACCUAAAACGACUGAUAAGCGUUGGCCACGCUCGCAGCUGUAGUCCGAAUUCUAUCUGCAAAUUUAUAGCGCCAAAUGAUCGUGCUCAGAAAGAUUACACCGUCUACAAACCAUAUCUUUUGAUGUGGGGAAUGGUAGAUUUGAUCUACAAGAACUUCUUCCGUUCCGUAACCACUCCCAAGGACGAGGACUGGCCUAUAUCGCUGUUCGACUACAUCCGUCGGAAUGAUGAAGCCAUGCUGAAGCAUGCUGAUGGCACGUUGGAAACAUUUACUGAUGAAUACGUACCUUGUACUUCGUUCGGUGAAUUUUGUGAUGUUGCUGGUCUGCUAGGUGAAAUUGAAAACCCGGAUGGAUGGAUGGACGAACUCCUGCAGUCACUUCCUUCGCCCAAUUCGGCUUCCGCAGCAACGGCACCAGCACCCGCUUCUUCGUCCGGCGGUUCCUCCGCAUCUGGCCCGGCAGCAUCCUCCGGUGCCGGUGGACCUUCGUCUUCGACCGCUUGAGCCUGGUCGGAGGUAUUGGCGCCGCCCAUUGGUUUCGGUGGCGGCCAGGAUAGCUUUUUCAUGCCACCGGAAAACUACACCUAUGAUGAUGAAGAUGAUUGGUGAAAAUAUGAGGUAUUUGAUGAUAUCUAUAAUUCGUUCUUUGCAUAAUACAUAUACAUAUAGCCUGUGCGGCCCAAUCAUAAAACUAUCGUACUGACAUAACAAAAUAUUAAUCAAUACUUGAAAUCAAUGGGACAUCAUAAUACAUACUAGAAGUAUCACCCUAUAAUCAAUGAAACAAUAUAAAAUUCUGUGUGGUUAAAAAUUCACAUUAUCUAUACUUAUAGAAAUAUAAUUUGCACUGCAUAUUA